GUCCUUUUUUGCCGUAGGCGGCCAUGGUGCACAAAGUGGCGAUCAUUGGGGCCGGCGUGAGCGGGCUGGCCUCCAUCAAGGGCUGCCUGGACGAAGGGCUGGAGCCCACCUGCUUCGAGAGGAGCGACGACAUCGGGGGGCUCUGGCGAUUCAAAGACAAGGUCGAGGACGGCCGAGCCAGCAUCUACCAGUCCGUCUUCACCAACUCCUCUAAGGAGAUGUCCUGCUUCAGUGACUUCCCCAUGCCUGAGCACUUCCCCAACUUCCUGCACAACACCCGCUUCCUGGAGUACCUGCGACUCUACGCCAAGCGCUUUGACCUGGGGAGACACAUCCGGUUCAAGACCACCGUCGUCAGUGUGAGAAAGUGCCACGAUUUUCCGACCACCGGCCAGUGGACUGUUGUCACUGAGAGCGACGGGAAGCAAGAAUCCGCCACGUUUGAUGCCAUUAUGGUUUGCAUGGGUCACCACAUAGAAUCCCACAUCCCGCUGCAGUCUUUUCCUGGCAUCGAAAAGUUCAAGGGCCAGUAUUUCCACAGCCGGGAGUACAAGACGCCGGAAGGGUUUCAAGGCAAGACCGUGGUGGUGAUAGGCAUGGGGAACUCUGCGUCGGAUAUUGCUGUGGAGCUCUGUCAGACAGCCAAACGGGUGACCCUCAGCACCCGAGGAGGCUCGUGGGUUAUGAGCCGGGUGUACGAUGACGGCUACCCCUGGGACACCAUAUUUCACACCCGCUUUAGCAAUCUGAUCAGAAGCGUCCUGCCGUGGCCCCUUUUGAAACGGGUGUACGAGCGGAAGAUGAACACGUGGUUUAACCAUGAAAACUAUGGCUUGGUGCCACUGAACAGAGCCCUGAUGAAAGAGCCUGUGUUCAACGAUGACCUUCCAAGCCGCAUCCUGUGUGGCAGCGUAGCGGUGAGGCCCAUCGUGAAGGAGUUCACCGAGACCGCCGCCAUCUUCGAAGACGGGACGGUGGAGGAGAACGUGGACGUUGUCAUCUUUGCCACCGGUUACGGCUUCUCGUUCCCUUUCCUGGAGGAGUCCGUCAUCAAAGUGGAAAAUAACGAGGCCCCGCUCUACAAACACGUCUUCCCCCCGAAGCUGGAGAAGCCAACACUGGCGGUCAUCGGCCUCAUCCAGCCGCUUGGGCCCAUCAUGCCCAAUGCAGAAUUGCAGGCUCGCUGGGCUACACGAGUCUUUAAGGGGCUGACCCAGCUGCCCUCGGAGAGCACCAUGAUGGCCGACAUUGUCAAGAGGCGAGAGAAGAGAAUCAAGUGGUUCGGCACCAGCCGCAGCCAGACGUUGCAGACGGAUCACAUCGAAUAUCUGGAUGAGCUCGCCGAGGGCGCGGGGGCGAGACCCCGAAUCCUUCCGUUGCUCCUGAAGGAUCCCAGACUGGCCCUGACCAUGUACUUCGGCCCCUGCAGCCCCUUCCAGUUCCGCUUGACCGGCCCGGGGAAGUGGGACGGAGCCCGAAAUGCCAUCUUGACCCAGAAGGCGCGGAUCAUCAAGCCCACAAGAACCCGGGAGGUGCGCGGUUCCUCAGACCAUGCCCUGGUUUCCUAUUGGCUGGCCGUCCUUGGUCUCCUUGCUCUCUUGGCUGCUGUCUUUGUCUGUCUCCAGUAGGCCGCGCUCUGCGAUGUAUCAGGUCCUCUGAGAUGUGAUGUGAUGCUCCCUAGAGAAGCCUUUCCCUUGAAAAUAGCAACCUCCUGGCCAUACACCAGACCGGGGGUCCCAUCCAGACAGGGGCUGAGCACCUGCAGCUCCUGACUGGCGCUAACACACCCUGUGGGUGCGCAUCAUCACUCUUUAAAAUCAGCCCCUUUGAUUGGCGCUCGUUAGCAAAGCUGUGGGUUACGAUUUUUCAAAGCAGGGUCAGACGGAUAGUCAGAUGGUCUUCUCUGGGCCUUCUCUCCGGUCCGGAAGCUCCUGUUUCAACUCACAGGAAGUUGUGUUGCUAAAUGUCUGAGUCUGCUUUACUUUGAGCUGCGGACAUGGGCUCUGUCUAGUGCUGAGGGCUUGUCUAGGCACAUAAAUGGUGCCCUUUUGCAGUGCAGACACCGCAAUCUCAGGACAACCCUCAGCACAGACGCGCUUUAAUGGAGUAAGCCACCUCUAUGCCUCUAUUGCUGCUUCAUAUAUAUAGGAAGGGGGAUAAUCAAUAUUGUUAUCCCCACACUGGGGGUUGUGCUGUUAUCGCUGUUUUAAUCGGCAAUUGCUCCGGUACCAACGCCGUUCUACGGGUACAAAAGCUGUGAGGAGACUGAUUCCCACAACCUCCCCAUUUCCUGUUUGAAAGGCAGAAAGACAGACCAGACCGUUUUUAUAAGCCAGCAACUACAGGCCAGGCCCUGUCAAGACCCAAGAUGUGUCUGUGUCCUGCUCCGCCGAAUAUAUGAAAGUGAGGCCUACCCUGUAACGUUUCUAGCUGCCCAUUUAGCUCGGGCCUACAGUUGGACCUGAGGUGGAGCCUCAGUCAACCCUACUCAGCCUCAAUCAACCCCAGUUCAGAAAUCUCAACACUGAGAGAGGUAGAAAGAGAAGGGGCCGGGAGGAGAUUUCGAAAGCCCUUGGCAUUGGCCUAACUCUUCCCGCCGAGGUCAAGGCUAAAACUUCCAUCCCGCACAAGGUGACUGCUCAAAGGCCUCACAAUCCAGGGCGGACGUCCUGGGAGUUCUAAGACCCAGCCGAAGCUCACCUUCCAUUGAACCCCCAUUAGCUUUGUCAGUCAAGAAACACCUCGUUGACCUACCUACGGGGCUGCCCCCAUCUCUGCAGAGACACAUUCGUGGGAAUGACAGGCGUAGGAUAAGUCUUGCAGUCGGUUCUCGCCUUUCCAUGACUCAUGCGCAACGUUGCCAGCUGCUCGGCCUGCUGGGUAACUUGCUUCUUGUUUACUGAGAAAAGAGACAACAGCUUGAGUCAGUCAUCGACUAGCUCGUUCAGAAAGGAGGUCAGAUUCUCGGGUGAUAGAAACGCCUGGUGUAGCUCCUUUGAAGUCAAUGGAGUCUCUGGCCCACAGCUUUCACAAAAGCAAUAUUUUUGUUCGCGUUGCGUUAGGCACGCUACAACCGAGACGGAGGGGGAGGAUUUUUCAGUGCAAAUUUCUCUCUCUGGUGGCUCGUAAUGAAUUGUUUACAGGCUGAAACCUGGCAAACUCCCGGCUCAGUUUGGAAACAUGCUUUUGGCGAGCUUGGAAACUGUCGGUUUGCCCCCGCACCACCACCUACUUUUUUUUAAACACAAGUUCAUCGGUGUUCAAGAGGCAUUUGAGGAGCACUUUGUUUUUAAGUGUAAAGGGAGGUGUACUUAGUGGCUGGGGGGGAGGGGCGGAAUUAUUUCGAUUCUUAAAAAAUACGCACAUUUUCAAAUGGACUGCUGACACCUACUGACCGAUGUGUGUGAUUUUUUUGCCAUAUUCACCCGCUUGCCAAUAACACUUUCAGAGUGCCAACAAAACACUGCUUUCCAAACAGCUGCUCUUUGCCAUUAUAUGCUUAGAGCCACCAUCUUGCGUAUAAUGCUUAUCGGCUUUGAAGGGAGCUUUUUACGCUGUUUUUAAAAGAGGGAGCUCAUGAUACCAUCUACAUGUUUUAAAGUGCUACUAGGCUAUUUGGUGUUUUUGUCUGAAAAGGUGUUAGAUUAGGAGAGAGAAUGGGAGACCUUCACAACUGAAGGUUGCUUGCAUAACUUUCAUGUAUCUUUUUCUGCACCCUGGUGCGAAGGGCCUGAAUCUUAUGAAACAGCCAUUUGAUCAUGGCUUUUUUUUCCCCCCUUUGUGUUGAAAGAAUAGAGGGCUAAAAACUCUAUAUUUGAGAUUUUAAAACUCCAUUUCAGCAAGUUAAGAACGACAGUCCCCAUAGAAACGCCGGCCUUAGCCACGCAGCGGGUUACCCCGAAUGUAACGAACAGCGUGCGUUUAAACGGACCGAGCCACACGGGAAGGAGUGGCUCCGUUUGGUUCAGCUGAAAUGGAUUAGGCAAAUGCUAACGUGAGGAAGCAAAACCAAAGUGAGCCCUUUUCGAGCCCGAGGGGCGUGGGGUGGGCUCAUCAAACCGGUUUAAUUAAGCCCUUUCCAGGCUGUGGUAAACAAGGCCUUUCGCUCCGCCCCCUCGAGCAAUGCAGAAAAGUCGAAAGUUUCAUGAUCACAGGAUACUACUUGCAUUACUAGCACCGACGAGGGAAGGCCUGCGCCGCGAGCUUUAGCAAACACAAACCUGCUUCUCCUAGUCCCGCUGGGACCGAUGGCCGUCAAUGGUGCACCUGGCCCGUUGCAAGCUGCCAGCUCUGUCCCGAGGUACCGAAUGCACAAGCAAUAAAGUGAAUUCCUCUGCCCA